UCAAUUCUGCAAGUGGUUCUGAUUUACUAUCGCUGUUCUCUAGCUGAUCUAAACCCGCUUUUGACCUAAAGGGACACUUUUUGGACGCCAUGGACUUUUCUAAGUUUCCAGGCAGAAAGAACAAUCAAAAUGCAGGCAGGGCACAGGACAAAGCACUAGGGACAAUAUGUAUGUGAAAUCAUGUAAAAUCGUUUUGAAAAAAAUGACAUUUUUUUUUAAAAAUUUUCAAAUUUCCCCGCCGCCGCGCGGGCGCCCGUACGUCACGACGUCACAGGGACUGGAACACAGGAGGCGGAUGCCGGCAUCAGCCAGAGGAGAUGGCCGGGGACGCUGCAGGGGACAC